AUGGACGGCGCCCCGGCGUCUCGGCGGGUCGCCGCCACGCUGGGCGCCGCGGCGGUGGUGGCCCUGGCGGUCCGGCGCCUGCGUCGCCGGGCGGAGGCCGCCGCCGAGGCCGCUGCCGCCUCCCAGGCCGCCGAGCCGGGCAGCCCGCUGGCGCCCAAGGGCGGCGAGGGCCCCCUGCACCGCGUCGACCCCGCGCUGGCCGAGCGCGGGCGCGCCCUGCAGCCGGGCAGGGCCGGGCGCCUGUACAGGCCCAAGCAGACCCACGUCAUCCGCUUCGUGCUGACCGGCGGGCCUUGCGCCGGCAAGUCUUCCAGCAUCGGGACCAUCAUGGACGCCGCCAAGGCCAAGGGGUACGACGUGUACAUCUCGGGGGUGGCCACGCUGCUGUUCAACUGCGGCUUCAGCUUCCCAACCGACCCCAGCAAGCCGGGGUUCGAGGAGCAGACGUACGCGUUCCAGAAGAAUCUGGUGAAGCUCAUGCUGCAGCUGGAGCGCUCCAUGACGGCCAUCGCCGCCAGCACCGGGAGGGGUCUGCUGGAUGCCAGCGGCUACAUGCCGCGAGCCGAGUGGCUCAGGCUGCUGGACGAGCUCGACGAGGGGCGCGGCGUCUCGGAGGCGUACUGCCUGCAGCGGUACGACGGCGUGGCGCACCUCGUGACCGCGGCGGACGGGGCCGAGGAUUUCUACAAGUGGGGAUGGGUGAGCGAUGACGCCGGGAAGCCGGUGUUCAGGAAGGAGACGCCGGAGGAAGCCAGGGAGCUGGACAAGACGAUGAGGUGCUGGGCGAACCACCCGCGCCACCUCGUCAUCGAGAACGGCCCAGGGGGCCUGAAGGCCAAGGUCUGGGUAGGUGGGUGCCCGGCCCCGCAGGUUGUCCCGAUCCUGGCUGGCUUCGCCUUAGUUGCCAUGCUGGCCAGCAUGUCGAGCCGCGCCCAGUCGUGUGGCCACGAGGCGUUCGCGCCGAGCGGCGCGGCGCUGCUCGACCCCAAGGCGUACUUCGCCCAGUACUGCCAGCACGCGGCCUCCGCCGCGCAGGCGCCCGCGGCAGCGGCCGAGGGGGAGAAGAGCGACGUGCACAAGCAGGUGGAGGAGGCGUCAGCCGUGAGGUGCGCCGCGAUCGUCAAGGAGAAGGGCGACAAGUUCACCACCCGGGUGCAGCUGGCCGCCCUGCACACGAUGGCCACCAAGAGCUCCUGGCACCUGAGGGCGGAGCUCAUCAAGCAGCCUCACGUCCGCAAGCUCUUCGAGAGGGUGGCCGCGAUCCUCAAGAGGCCCCCCGCGGGCCUCGACGUCGAGGCGCUGUCCCAGACCGCGUGGGAUCUCAUCCAGUUCCCCGAGGAGGUGCGCGGCGAUGGCAACGCGUUGCUGGGAGCCGCGGCGGAGAGCCUGAGCAGCGCGAAGCCGAGCAGCUGGCGGGCCGACGCGGCCACCAAGGUGCUGUUCUCUCUCGCAAAAGCGGAGGCGAUCCAGCAGCAGAAGCCGCUGGUGUCGAGAGUAGUCGCGGAGAUGGUCGCGGACAAGGGUCGGCGAGCGAACAAGGAGCUUUCGCACGAGGGCCUUGUGAACCUGUUGUUUUCCGUCGGGUGCGCGCGCCAGCACAUCGUCAAGGGCGACCACCCGAUGGUGCAUAUAGAGGCCAACGACGAGACGCUCUUCGAGAUCGCCAGCGCCCGGGUGAUGAGGGAGAUGGACAGCGUCGACGUGAAACUCCUCGCCAGCCUGGCCCACACGCACGCGAUGGUCGGCAUACGCAACGAGGCCCUCUUCAAGGCGAUGUGCCCCCGCAUCCUCGCCAGGCAGAAGGAGCUGAACGACAAGGCCAUGGGCAAGGUCAUCAAGGCCUACACGCGCUUCAUGAUCCCCCUGCGGGAGCAGGCGCAGGGCUUCAGGACCAUGGCCGUUGUGGCCAAGGGCGACUUCAUCCGCCCGUCCGACAAGCCGGAGGGGAUGCGGAAGAAAACCUACGACCACCCCGUGGCGCUGUACAGCAAGACCCAGCUGCACCAGCGGGCGUGA